CGGAGAAGUACAAGUUCCCCAACCCCAACCCCUUCGUGGAGGAGGACAUGGACAAGAGCGAGGUGGCUUCUGUAGCGUACAGGUACCGCCGGUGGAAGCUGGGCGACGACAUCGACCUGAUGGUCCGCUGCGAGCACGACGGGGUGAUGACGGGGGCCAACGGGGAGGUGUCCUUCAUCAACGUGAAGACCCUGAACGAGUGGGACUCCCGGCACUGCAACGGUGUGGACUGGCGUCAGAAGCUGGACUCCCAGAGGGGCGCGGUUCUGGCCACCGAGCUGAAGAACAACAGCUACAAGCUGGCCCGCUGGACCUGCUGCGCCAUGCUGGCGGGGUCCGAGUACCUCAAACUGGGGUGAGUCCUACUUUGUCGGGAUUGAC